AUGCCGGUGUCAGAAGAGGGCUUUGCUCCUGUGCCCCCGGCCGCCGUGCCCGAGGAGCCCCGGCACACGGACUUCCAGCUGGUACGAGUCAAGAGCACAUGGUGCAGGAUCAAGAAAGGAGAAGCCAUUUCCGACAGUGAGGACAAGAUAACUCUCUCUGAAGCCAAAAUUCCAGACGCGCAGAGUACAAAAGAGGAGGAUAAUGAUUUCAAACCAUGCUUUCCGAUCCCUCGCAGAGGUGAAUGUGUCUCCAAAAGUGGCAUUUCCUGGACAAUCGAAGCUCCCAUCUAUUUUUGCUACAAAGUGGUAGAGACGUACAAUAUUCUGGAUCCCUCUAACACCACUCUCCUCUGGGGUCACAUCACCGACCCCCAGCAGCUCGAGCUAGCCACUAGCGGCAAAAAGAGGCUGAGGCGUUUCAUUGUCAUAGACGAAGUCGUUGAUGAACUCUACGGCUCCAAAGUCAGGCAGUACUUUGAAGAGAAUAACGUUCAGCACAAAAUCCUCUCCCUGCCUACCACCGAAGAAACAAAAUCCAUGGACCUGGUCUUGAAUAUCCUGCAAGAGGUGCAGAACUUCAGCAUCGACAGGCGAACAGAGCCCAUCAUCGCCAUCGGAGGCGGUGUCUGCCUGGACAUCGUGGGACUGGCUGCGUCCCUCUACAGGAGACGCACGCCUUACAUUCGCGUCCCAACCACCCUCCUCUCCUACGUCGAUGCCAGCGUGGGAGCAAAGAAUGGGGUGAAUUUCCUGCAGUGCAAGAACAAGCUCGGGGGCUACACUCCCCCAGUAGCUAGUUUCCUGGACAGGUCCUUCAUUCAGAGCAUCCCUCGGCGACACAUCUCCAACGGCCUUGGCGAAAUUUUAAAGAUGGCACUCAUGAAGCACAAAGGGCUCUUUGACCUGCUCAAGAGCCACGGGAAAUACCUGCUGGACACCAAGUUCCAGUCUUGCAGUGGCUCUGCUGACCACGGCGAUGCCGCACUGCAGACCACCAGGAUUGCCAUCGAAACCAUGCUGGAAGAGCUGGCUCCCAACCUCUGGGAGGAUGACCUGGACAGACUUGUGGAUUUUGGUCACCUUAUAAGCCCAGAACUGGAAAUGAGGGUUUUGCCAUCACUGAUGCACGGCGAAGCCGUGAACAUAGACAUGGCCUUCAUGACGUACGUGGCCCACACGCGGGGGCUCCUCAGCGCCGGCGAGAAGGAGCAGAUCAUCCAGUGCAUGCGGGGCCUGGAGCUGCCCGUCUGGCACAGCGGCUGCAGCUGGGCUCUCAUCAAGACGGCCCUGAGGGAGCGCCUGAAGCACAGCGGGGGGCAGCCCCGCAUGCCGCUGCCCACCGGCCUCGGCGUGGCAGACAUUUUCAAUGACACCAGCGAGGAGACCCUGGAAAGAGCGUACAAGCUGUGGUUCAUUCAAAUUAGCAAGAAAAAGAAACUGCUAUCGGCCUUUGCUCUCAGCACAGGGGAAUGGCACACUGCUGGGGAGACAAAAAUGGCACAAUUCACACCAGUGUUGCCUGUGAACCAGGGUGAGCUUCAGGCUAGAGCAGCAGAAAUGGCCUGGGCUCCCCCUCAGGGUGGGCUUCUAGGAGCCUCCCCUGCCUGGGCUGCUCCCUCCCCACCUCAGGGCUUCCAGGUCGGUGAGGCCAGCUGGGAAAUGGAGAAACCAGGGGGCUCACAGCCAUUUCAUCACCUCCUGCAGCCUCCGUGA